AUGGCAAAACGAAAAAUCAAACAGAACUUAUCAGAGACAUUAAAGCCUACAGGGGAAUUCUCAGUUAAGCACACUAACUACACGACAAUCAUUUUCGUUGAAAAUAAGGAAGAUCGAAAUAUCAAGAGUGAGAAAAUGCCAUUUCAUACUUACACAGCAAGGAAGGACAAAUCUCACGCCUUCGUCUUAAGGGGCCUUGCUGAGGGUACAAAAAUCGAGCACAUAAGAGAAAAUUUGGAAGAGGAACAUGAGAUUGUGGCCAGAGACAUAUUUCCCAUGAAAACCAAAGAAAGACCGCUAUAUUUAAUUGUCACAGAUCCAGUUAUGACACUGGACUAUUUAAACAAAAAUGUAAGACUUGUGCUGUACACUAGAGUCACAUGGGAGCUACGCAAAUCAGUCAAACUAAUUAUCCAGUGUCAUAACUGCCAACAGUGGGGACACGCCACGUCCAACUGUGGUAGGCCAGCAAAAUGCUUAAAAUGCGCAGGAGAGCAUCAUACAAAAACCUGCCUAAAAACGCGCGAAACUCCAGCGACCUGUGCUAAUUGCGAUGGAGACCAUCCCGCAAAACUAUACUAA